AUGGCUCGUAUGCGAGAUGGGGCUUUGAUCCAUGAGCAUGGGGUCAAGAUGAUUGGGCUUAUUGAAAAGUUAUUGAGCCUUGACUUGGUUAUUCCACAUGAGCUAUCGGCAGACAUCAUAUUAUUGUCUCUCCCAUCCUCAUUUGCUAAUGUUAUGGUCAACUUCAAUAUGAAUAAGCUAGAGGCUACCCUUGAAGAGCUAGUCAAUAUGCUUGCAAAUUAUGAAGCGACCAUGAAAAAGGAAAAAUCUAUUUUUCUUGUGGGUUCAUCUUCUGGAUCCAAGAAAGGGCCUAAGAAAAAAGGAAAGAAGCAUUCUGCCCCUAUGAAGAAGAUUAAGCCUAAUAAGAAGCCAAGUCCCACAAAGCUUAAUCAGUCAUAA